UCUCCUCAACUUGUUUCUAAUCAUCGAACACCAGAGAGAGAGUCUCCCUUCGAUUUGUGUAUUGGAGGAAGGAUGGCGGAACAAGUACCAUAUGGAGUGGCUACAAGUCUCAUCAACACGUUGGCUUCAUUAGCCUUCAAAGAGAUUGCUUCCAUUUAUGGGGUCGAGACUGAGAUUGAUUGGCUGGAGGAAACUGUUGGAGACAUCAAAGCUGUGCUUGCUGAUGCUGACCACAAGCACACUGAGCAAAGCAUCCAGCGCUGGAUAACCAAACUCAAACAAGUGCUUUACGAAGCAGAUGACGUGCUUGAUGAGAUCCACACUAAACAUUUGCUGCGCCAGAGGGAUGGAAAGGGAAAGGUACGUGACUUCUUCUCAUCCUCCAAUCCAAUCGCUUUUCGCUGCAAAAUUGCUUGCGAGAUUAGAAGGAUUAAAGAGCAAUUUAAUGCUGUUACUAAAAGAAUGUCGGAGUUGAAUUUAGUUGGAAGAGUUGUUGAAAUGAAGCAUGAAAAGAGGAACCGGAGGGAAACUAGUUCUUUUGUGCUCCAAGAGCGUAUGGUUGGCAGGGAGGGAAACAAGAAGCACAUAAUUGAUUUGUUGUUGAAUGAUGAUAAUAGCCAUCAAAAUGUUUCCUUGGUUGCUAUUGUCGGUAUUGGGGGUUUGGGUAAAACUGCUCUUGCCCAGUUGGUGUACAACGAUGCUGACGUGGACCGUUUCUUCCAAAAGCGAAUGUGGGUGUGUGUUUCCGAAGACUCUGAUGCAACGGCCCUUGUGAAACAGACACUCAAAUCACUACCUGGCCAAAAACAUGACGAGCAAUCAUUAGAACUACUUCAAAAUGAGCUUCAAAAAAAUUUAGCUGGCCAAAAAUUUUUGCUAGUUUUAGAUGAUAUUUGGGAUGAUUUUCCCAGAAAGUGGGAAGACUUAGAGAAUAUUUUGAUGCGUGGUGCUAAGGGUAGUAAGAUUUUGUUGACUACACGAGAUCAAGCGGUAGUCAAUAGAAUGGGUGUAAAAACGCCAUAUCUUUUGGAAGGAUUGAAUAAUGACCAAUCUUGGACUCUGUUGAAAAGGUUGGCAUUUGACGAUGAGAAAAUAAUGACCCAAAAUUUGGAGUCUAUUGGCCAAAAAAUUGCAGCAAAAUGUAAGGGCGUUCCACUGGCAAUAAGAGUGAUGGGAAGUUUGUUGCGCUCAAAAUUGCGGGAAAGUGACUGGGAAGAUCUCUUGAAAGAUGACUUUUGGAAGCUACGUGAUGAUAAUGUUUCAAUUAUACCAAUUUUAAAGUUGAGUUAUGACAGUCUGGCAAUUGAAUUAAAACAGUGUUUUGCUUAUUGUUCUAUAUAUCCAAAAGAUUGGAGAUAUAAUAAGGAUGAAUUGAUUGAUAUGUGGAUGGCACAAGGCUUCCUUGAAAACAAAGACGAGGAACAAUGUCUAGAAGACGUGGGUGAAGAGUACGUUCAUGUUUUAUUGAUGAAGUCAUUCUUGCAAGAUGUUGAGAGGGAUGAAUCAGGAGAAAUAGAAUCUUUUAAAAUGCAUGAUUUGAUGCAUGACUUGUCCCAAUCAGUUGCUAGCUCUGACCUAUACGUUGAGGGAGGAAAAAAUGGUGCAAUGUGUCCUAUACAUGCUUCUUUUGAAAAAUAUAACACCAAUCGUUCACUAAAUAUGCCGGAUCUAGGUAGAUUGAGAACGUUUCAUGAAAUGAAGAAAGAAGAUGGAAGGGAUCUACCCGAUUUAUUUGUGUUCAAACGCUUACGAAGUCUAGAUUUGUCAAACUCUAUGAUGAGAUAUUUGCCUAAAUCGAUAGGUAAAAUGAUCCAUUUGAGGCAUCUUAAUCUCUCUUCUUGUAGCCAAUUGACUUGUUUGCCGAAGAGUAUAAGUAACUUAGUCAAUUUGCAAACAUUGAUAUUGAGCGACUGUUAUAAUUUGAAAUUUCCUGGAGAUAUUAUCACAAAGUUGGUAAAGUUGCGCCGGCUUGACAUAGAAGAUUGCAAGGCCUUUGAUGAUGGAAUGCCUAUGGGGUUGGGCAAAAUGACUUGUAUGCAGAGGUUGUCACAUUUCAUAGUGGGUAAUGAUGAUAAGGAGAUAAAGAAAGCCAAAUUGAACGAAUUGAAAGAUCUUAACCUCAGAGGUAGAUUAGCCAUUAAGAAACUUGAUUCAGUAAGGGAUAUAGAGGAGGAGUCCAAGAAUGUUAAUUUGAGAACAAAGAAAAACCUCAUUUCCUUGUCCAUGGAUUGGGGAAACGACCCAAAGAUGGAAAAAAGUGAUGCCAUGCAGUUACUGGAAAAUCUUCGCCCUCAUCAAAAUUUGAGGAUGCUAGAAAUAUAUGGGUACCCGGGGGGACACCUGCCCGAUUAUUGGCUUUUGUCAUGUACAAAUCUUGUUCAACUACAGUUUUCUGGAUUCAAAGAUUGUCAAUACUUGCCAGCAUUAGAAGGCUUGGUUUCUCUCAAGACUCUUGACAUAUCGAGGAUGGAUAAAUUGGAGUGCAUAUACUAUAAAGGAUGUUCCUCAUCAGCCAACUUCUUCCCAUCUUUGGAGGAAUUAACAAUUAGCCGGUGUGGAAGUUUAAGGGGAUGGCAAAGGGAGGCAAAUGGCCAAAAUACAAGAGAUAAUGAGUGGCAUGAUUCACUGCCUCCAUUUUUACGUCUUUUAGCAUUGAGUAUUUGGGGUUGCCCACACUUAAGAUGCAUGCCUGCUUUUCCAAAUCUCGUGAGGGAUUUGGAUUUAUUCAACUCUAGCAUGAAGCCAUUGGUAGACACAUUAAGUGUGGGCACAAUUGGGCCGUCAACAUCACAUGAUAUGACUCCAUCUCUUUCCAUGCUCAAGUCUCUUCACAUUAGAGGGAUAGAAAUGGAAGCAUUACCAGAGGAAUGGAUGCAAAAUCUCUCCUCUCUUAAACAUCUCUCCAUUCGAGGAUUUUCAAGUCUGGAGAAGCCAUUUCUUCAUAUGCGGAAUCUAUCUGCUACACUCGAGGAAUUGACUAUUCAAGAACUUGGUGAUGAGGAUUAUAGCAUACAGUGCCAAGACCUUUGUUGCCUAUGUUCUCUCCAAGCAAUCACUUUUUCUUUUUGUGAUCACCUCACAGCUUUACCCGAGUGGAUUUGUGAUCUCCAGUCACUGCGUAGUAUGUGCAUUUUCUAUUGUAAAAACUUGGAGUUAUUUCCAGCAGAAAUGUCUCGCCUCACUACUUUACAAACACUAAGUGUCUACAGAGCUCCACUUCUAGAGGCCAAAUGCAAGAGAGAAACAGGAGCAGAGUGGCUAAAAAUUGCUCACAUCCCAAAUAUAUGGAUCUAA